GGUCUGUUUAAAAAUCGCCGCAAACACAGAAUGAUCCAUUUAAAUGCUCUCUCUCGAGUCACAAGGAGUUUGGAUUAGAAGACGAGUCAAGCAUUUCUUUGUUGAUAUCUGCUUUAUACAUGUAUAUGUUUAAAACGUGACAGAGAAGCAUUUAAUCUGAUCUGUUGUGAAAUAUAAAAGGAAUAUAUAGUGGACUGCGCGUGGAAAACGAGCUUUAAGCAUACAGAGUAAAAAUGGGUGCCAGUGAAAGCAAGCUGUCUGUGGCAUCAACACCAAAGGUAGAUCCGAGCCAGCGGCCGAAAGCAGCGCGUGUAGCGAGCCUCGCAGACCCGCGUUCACCGUCCUGUGCUAUCGACCGCACACCUAUACAGGUGGGUGUGGCUUACUCUCCUCUUCCUGUGGUGGAGUCCGUUGGGCCUGGAUUUGUUGACCCCCGCUCACCCACGCCUGGCAUUACUCGAACACCAAUAAAGGUGAGCGUCACAUCUCUCGCCCGGCGACUGAGCACCUUCUUUCUCAAUGAUGUUAAGUCUGGUGGCGACUCUGUUUCGACUCUUCCUCCGGUCUCCUUUACCAAACACCCCAGCCUGCCCAAUGUGGCUCGGCAAAAUGAAACAGGCCCCAGAGAGCCCCUGCUCCCUGUGGUAAAAGCUCAGAACUCAGCCUCCGUCCGCGAAUGCACAGAUGCCGUGUUCGCUCCUGUGGCGUCCUCUCCUUCUGAGGGCUACGGUUCCAUUUGCAGCAGCCCGUUUGUGUUGAUUGGAGACACACAGAUGGAGGUAGAGGUAGAUACUGAAGCCUCGCUGGAAGAGGCAGAGGAGGCUCUGCUGCUUGGUGCUUCGCCUUUAAAGAAAGAGCUUAGUUUGAGUCUUCUUGCAUGUCGUGAAGGUGUUUACUCCUCUUCUCUGGAGGAACGUCCUCUGACUCCUCUUCCUCCUGCUGAGAGGCAAGCGAAUGAAGAUCAUUCUUACGCACUCUUUUCAGUCGCCCAACAGUUCACAGAGUCUGAAACGUCCACGCCUGUUGCUGAAGCUGUUGUGACCCUGGAGGAAGCUGAGGUUACAUCCCAGAUGUCUGAAGAACAGGUCACAGCUGCUCUUCCAGAGUCGAGCCAUGAGCAGCCAGAGGUGAGCAAACCUCUCACACCUCAACCGGCUGUUGCAUCCAGCAAAUCCAGCCCUGUGACCAGCACCCAGGUCGAAACAGUCCAGUCUGGCAUCCGUUGUCUGAAGUUUGACACCCGCAGCCCCAGUCAAGCCAUUUUUAAACCCCAGUGGUUGGGGGUGGGCUUCGGGACCGCUGGUGUCAGAGCAAGAGGGGUACAGGGACGUGGAAAAACCUCUGUCUCUUCACCGCUCUCCACCAAAAACACAGCCACAAAUGAGAAUAACAACAUGGUUGUGCGCGCCAAACAAAGACCGAGAGAAAAAGUUUUGAUUGGUGAGGGCAGAUCGCCUCUGCAGAUCCUGAGGGAGGCUAAUUCACCCAGAGACCGCAAUUUACAGAUGAAGCUGAAAGUGUCCACCCCUGAAAAACAGAGAUUCAGCCAGAUGGACAGGAGAGCUCUGAUUCUGUCACUCAACAAGGAGAAUGAGUGAAACUAACUGGGAAAACCAGGAUAAAUCCAGCCAACACUAUGUAUAUACUACAGUUUUUAGCCUUAAACUACAUGAUUAUUCUUUUUUUUCCAUUCUUCUACUGUUUCUAUGUGUGUUUGUAAAUAAACACUGUC